AUGAAGUUAGUUUCUCAAGCUGAAGCCGAUGCGCACUGGACCGCUACCGCUAUUGGUGCGGCCAAGGGGACUUUCGUCGGUCUCGCGUUCUCCACUGCAAUUUUUACCGUUGGUGCCAGGAGGUGGCCGGCGAUCCGCAAGUUAAACACAUCGGUCAAGGCGGCCAUGUGGGUCAUGCCAGCCGCGGCCCUGUACGCGUUGGGUGGUGAAUUGGCCUCCACUGCGUUUGACCAGAAGAUGUACCAGUCCGAACAAAUGCACGAGGAGAUGUUGCAUUCACACCAGCACUGGGCCAGUUUGACCACCAAGGAAAAGGUUAUCACCUCCUUGUCUGAAAACAGAUACUCUGUUCUCGGUGCCUCGUGGGUCGGUUCUAUGUGGGGUUCCUGGGUUCUUGUCAACAGAGAUCCAAUUAUGACCAAAGCGCAGAAGAUUGUCCAGGCCAGAAUGUACGCCCAGGCGUUGACCAUUGUUUUGUUGAUUGGGACCGUGUACUUGUCAACCUACGAAAAGGACCACGGUAUGGGCCCAAAAAGGAACUCUUCCAGAGUCCAAUGGGAGAGAGUUCUUGCUCAAGCUGAGGCCAAAGCCGAGGCCAAGGUUGAGGCUGAAGCCGCUGCCGCUGCUACCAACUAA